AUGACAUUAAAGAUAGUGGAAGACCGACCAACUCCGAAGGAGGUCUAUAACUGGAGGCCAUAUUUUCUUGCAUUAAUUGCUGCCUGGGGAGGUGUUCUGUUUGGGUAUGAUUCGGCGUUCAUUGGAGGAACUCUAUCACUCCCAUCUUUCUCGCACCAGUUUGGCUUGGACAAUAUGUCGACAUCAGAAAAGUCUUUUACCAGUGCCAAUAUUGUAUCGACUUAUCAAGGAGGGUGCUUCUUCGGUGCGAUACUUGGCCUGUUCGUAGCCGAGAAAUGGGGGCGGCGGGCUACAUUACUUGGCUCUUCUGCCCUUUUCUGUCUUGGAGCUGGAUUAAUGCUUGGUGCAACCAAUAAACUUGGGAUUUUUUAUGCAGGUCGCAUAAUAGGCGGCUUCGGAGUAGGUGGUAUCUCACUUGCGACCCCGCUUUAUAUCGCGGAGAUAUCGCCUCCUAGUAUCCGCGGUCGUUUGGUUGGAUUUUACGAGACUCUGCUCCAGAUUGGGGGUGUCAUUGGUUUUUGGAUCAAUUAUGGGGUCAACCAGGGCGUUGCCCCGGCCGCAAAGCAGUGGCAUAUCCCUGUUUCACUUCAGCUUAUCCCCGGAGGAAUGCUUCUAAUUGCGGGGGUUUUCUUGAAAGAAACUCCCAGAUGGCUUUUUAAGGCUGGACGCGAGGAGCAAGCCAUCAAAAACCUAUCUUGGAUUCGCAACCUACCGCACGAUCACGAGUAUGUCCAACAAGAAAUCCAUGCUACUCGUUCUCAGUUGAAUCGAGAGAUGGCCUUGGCUCGUGAUCAUGGUUUCAUGGGCCAAGUGCGCGAGCUUGGUAAGCCAGGCGUCCGCAACCGGCUGGGAGUUGGGAUGGCUAUAAUGAUGUUUCAAAACCUGACCGGUAUAAAUGCUAUAAAUUAUUACUCGCCAACAAUCUUCAAGUCUAUCGGUAUUACGGGUACAAACAACGGGCUGUUUGCUACUGGUAUAUAUGGAAUCGUGAAAAUGAUCACCACAUUCGUUUUCUUGUUCUGGCUGAUUGACCUUGUUGGUCGGCGGAAGCCGUUGAUUUACGGAUCCGUUGGGGGCUCGUUCUCGAUGUUUUAUCAGUUCAAACCAAUAAGUAUUGCUGCUUUCAUUGCCAUCGCACAGCCUAAGGAAGGUGACAAGGCUACUGCCGCAGGGAGGUCUACGCCAUACAUGGUCGCCAACAUUGGAUAUGGUACAUAUUUGUUCUUCGGUGUAUGUAUGGUUCUGAUGAUUCCUUGGGUCAUAUUUGUACUUCCUGAGACCAAGGGCGUCUCACUCGAGGAUAUGGACGAAUUGUUUGGGUAUGUCGCCCCUGAAAACAACCAGAGGAGAGCAUCUCCGGUUGGUUUCACUAACGAUGAGCAAAAGGCGGAGGUUAUUCACGAAGAGAUUGCUGGCCUAUCUACUGAUCGCAAUGUAUGA